CGUGAGGGAGGAUCCUUGCUUAGUGGCGGAGGAGUUGGUUGGUGAACGUCCUCCAUUCCCAUUUCCCACCAACCUCCUCCUUUCAUAUACACAUCAAUUCUAGAGAGAGAAAGUAAAUAGCAGCUCUUUCUCCACACACACAGAGAAGGGAGAGAAAUGGCGCAAGUUAGUAACAUUUCCAAUGGAGUCCAAAGCGGCCAUUUCAGUUCCAAUUUGCCCCAAACCCACAAACCCAAACCUUUCUUUUCUUUAAUUUUUGGAUCAAAACUGAAGAAUUCAGAGAGUUCUUUGUGUUUGAACCAUGAAAGGGCACUUAAUCAUUCAUCCAUGUCCGCUAGGGUUCCAUUCAGGGUUUCAGCUUCAAUUGCCACCGCUGAGAAGCCUUCGACGGCGCCGGAGAUUGUCUUGCAGCCCAUCAAGGAGAUAUCUGGCACCAUCAAAUUGCCCGGCUCGAAAUCGCUCUCGAAUCGAAUUCUCCUUCUUGCUGCCCUCUCUGAGGGGACAACAAUUGUAGAUAACCUGUUGAACAGUGACGAUGUUCAUUACAUGCUUGGUGCUUUGAGAACUCUUGGGCUUCGCGUGGAAGAAGAUAGUGUUAUAAAAUGUGCAAUUGUGGAAGGUUGUGGUGGUUUGUUUCCAGUGGGUAAGGAAUCAAAGGACGAAGUUCAACUUUUCCUGGGAAAUGCAGGAACAGCAAUGCGCCCACUGACAGCUGCAGUUACUGCUGCUGGUGGAAAUUCAAGCUACAUACUUGAUGGGGUGCCUCGAAUGAGAGAGAGACCAAUUGGUGACUUGGUCACAGGCCUCCAGCAGCUUGGCGCAGAUGUUGAUUGUUUUCUUGGCACUAAUUGUCCUCCUGUCCGCGUAAUUGGGAAAGGUGGCCUUCCUGGGGGAAAAGUGAAGCUUUCUGGAUCCAUUAGUAGUCAAUACUUGACUGCUUUGCUCAUGUCAGCUCCACUGGCUUUAGGAGAUGUUGAGAUUGAGAUUAUUGAUAAACUUAUUUCCAUACCUUAUGUUGAGAUGACUUUGAAGUUAAUGGAGCGGUUUGGGGUUACUGUAGAGCACAGUGGUAACUGGGAUAGAUUCUUGAUACGAGGAGGUCAAAAGUACAAGUCUCCCGGAAAUGCAUAUGUUGAAGGUGAUGCUUCAAGUGCUAGUUACUUCCUAGCUGGUGCAGCUGUCACUGGUGGGACCAUGACUGUUGAAGGUUGUGGUACAAGCAGUUUACAGGGAGAUGUUCAAUUCGCUGAGGUUCUUGAGAAAAUGGGUGCUAAAGUUACCUGGACAGAGAACAGUGUAACUGUGACAGGGCCACCCCGGGAUUUUCUUGGAAGGAAACACUUGCGUGCCGUUGAUGUCAAUAUGAACAAAAUGCCUGAUGUUGCUAUGACUCUGGCUGUCGUUGCACUCUUUGCUGAUGGUCCGACUUGCAUAAGAGACGUGGCUAGCUGGAGAGUAAAGGAAACGGAACGAAUGAUUGCCAUUUGCACAGAACUGAGAAAGUUGGGAGCGACCGUUGAAGAAGGGUCAGAUUACUGUAUUAUCACUCCACCAGAGAAAUUAAAUGUGACAGCAAUAGAUACAUACGAUGAUCACAGAAUGGCCAUGGCAUUCUCUCUUGCUGCCUGUGCAGAUGUUCCAGUCACCAUCAAGGAUCCUGGCUGCACUCGGAAAACCUUCCCUGACUACUUUGAAGUCCUCCAGCGGUUUACAAAGCAUUGAACAAUCCUUUUCCAUUUAAGACAAGGUCAAAAAACAAAGACAACUAUAAGUAUAUUUGAUCGGCUACCACCACAACAACAAAAAUCUUGGCUCCUGGCUGGGGAACGGGAGAGAGAUAGAUGCAGCCUUUCCAUUUCCUUUUGAUUCACCUUGUGAUUGUUAAAAAAUAUAUGUUGGCCAGCAAGGCUUAUGUUGUCAAGAGACUGUAAGUUUUAGUAGUGUAUUGGAUUGAUCUCAAGUCGCUUUAGAAUGAUUGCAACGAAAACCAUUUUGCCCCAAGGGUUCCAUUUGAAUGAAUGCUUGAAUUCAUUGUUUUUCUAGGGAACAAUUUUUUUUUUUUUUUUCCGGGGAUCUCGCUAUAUUGUAAGAUUAUUUUGUCCAACAAUUGAGUUUAGUGCUCCCCAAUAUGAUUUUAUGAUUUAUGGAAUACCAGAUUCUCAGUUUGGUUUA